CAAACAUACAUACAUACAUAUAUAUAUGUUUGGUUGUAUACACGCAACAAACGUUGCCAGUGUUGUUGUUAUUUUUUUGUUGUUUUUUUUUUGCCGUUGCUGCCAUUUUGUGCCUGCCAGUGCCUUGUGCCCUGUUCCCGCCGUCGAUCAGUUCCCCGUUUCGCGUAACCUUCCGCCCCCCUAAAUCACCCAGACAAACAUACUCCCGCAAUCGCCCCCUAGACUACAUAUAUAUAUAUAUACUCUGUGUUUUGUCUUCUUCGUCUCUGUUGUUGUUUUUGUCGACGCGUUCUAGUCUUUUGCGUUCGCUCUGUUUUACUCGCUCCCGCCCUUCCGCUUUUAUUUGGAGGGAGUUGGUUUACCGCCGCGAUCUGUUUGUUGUUAUAUACCAGUGCCGCCUCCACCACCAAGGAUCAGAAGAAGAAGAGGAAGAUAGAGUUGACGACCACCGUGGACCACAUUUGGCCUAUUAAAUGAACCACUAUUAAUCAGCAUUGUCAGCAGAAGCAGAAGCAGCAGCGACUUCACAUCUUGAAGAAUAGUGGAAAAUUUUCAACAUCAAGUGAAAUUGGUUUUGGUUUUGGCAAGCAAUAGUAAAGCUGCGACGUCAUACUCUUAAGUAAAAGUUUUGGUAGCCAUCGCAGCGGUUGCACCGAAUGCCGAGAUUCUUGGAGCACCCACAGUGGCCGCGUCGUUAUCCACACAAUUCCAUGCGAGUACGCCGCCAUCAGAUUAUCAAAUAAUCCCCAUCCCGCAACACAACUACACACACACAUCCACACCGACACUUUGAUCAACUGUAUCAGGAUAUCCGGAGGAUAAUCGGCAACAUCGGUUGCUGCAUCCCUUCAAGAUGAGUUUCAGUUCGGCCAGUGGCAGGGAGAACAAUGUUCGCAAAUUAUCCUUUCUGGGCUUCAAUACCAAAAAGAAGUCCGGCAAUGAAGAUCCCGAUGAAGUGCUAUUGGACUCGGAAAUGGAAAAAGUCUUUGCUGGGACAAAUGCCCGCAAAGAUAAAUUCGAUGUAACCACAUUUCAGGAUAGCAACCAGCAGCCAAUUGGUUCGCGCAAAAAGAAUAGCAUUCGCACAAAUGAUCUAAACAUUGAGGAGGAUUCGGAAUAUGAAAGCCAAACGGAACCAUUGAAUAAUGCACAAAACUAUGAUGAUAUACCCGAAGAUUUCCCAUUAGUUUCCGAACGAGCUGGACACGGUGAUCAUUCGGAUAAUUCGGCGGAUGAGAAGCAUGUACAAUUCGGUGAUGCGAAAAAGAAAAUUGUUAUCACACCGCCAACUUUGAGCUAUGAUGAUCAACCCACGGAUCAAUCCCACGAACGUAAACGACGAAAAAGCCGCCAUCAGUAUUAUAGACAACGUAAAUUCUCACAUCAGGACAGCGUGGAACCCAAAAAAACAAUCGAGGAAAAUGGUGAUGCAGGUGCGCGUAGGAUCUCUGUGCAGCCUGAGGACACGGCAUUGGAGACAAAUGGCCAAACACCGGCUAAACAGGAAGCUGAUCUCAAUGAAUUGCGAUCACAUCGUUCGGAUGAUCCGCGUGCUAUGAGACGUCAUAAGAUUCAUCAUUCGUCCAUUAAGCUACGUGAAUUGCCGCAAAUAACCAUAUCGCCGUUCCUAAACAAGAAGCCAGAAGUCGAUCAUAGUCCCCAUGAAAUCUUUGUUCAACUGGACGAACUCACUGGAGUGGGUGAAGAUCGUGAGUGGAAGGAAACUGCUCGUUGGAUCAAAUAUGAGGAAGAUGUUGAAGAGGGUUCCGAUCGUUGGGGUAAACCACAUGUUGCCUCUCUCUCAUUCCAUUCGUUGCUCAAUUUGCGUCGCUGCUUGGAAACGGGCGUUGUCCUGUUGGAUCUGAAUGAAAAGGAUCUGCCAGCAGUGGCCUAUCGUGUGGUAGAGCAGAUGGUUAUCGAGGACCUGAUCGAUAUUAAUGACAAGCCAUCGGUUAUGCGCUCAUUGCUCCUGCGCCAUCGACAUGUUAACGAGCAUCAGGGAGUCCUGCCGUUUACAAAGCGCAAAUAUAAUAGCUAUACCAGUCUUCAGUUACUUUGGAUGGGUGCCGAGACCUCACAACUUGUCCAACAGCAACAUCAACAACAUAUGCAACAGCAGCAACAACGAAAGGCUAGACGCAGCAUCUGCGUCACCUCAAGUGCCCCGCCCACGGCAGCAAUGCUCAAUAUGGCAGCAGCAGCAGCCACUGCAGCAGCCAUCGAUCAUCGACGUCACUCGACAAUGUCCUAUCUGGGUAACCUGUCCGGCGGCACCGAUGACAAGAAGAUCAAAAUCAUGCCUGCCAGUGAGAUUGGCGGCAGCAAGCGUAGCAAUGAGCUUAAAAUUGACAUGAAAGAUGACAUGUACUCCUCCUCGCAGGAGGAUCUGAAGAAACUUCAAAAUGACACCAUACUCAAGCGUAUACCAGCUGGAGCCGAGGCCACCACAGUGUUGGUUGGCGCCGUUGAGUUCUUGGAGCAGCCCACUAUUGCCUUUGUACGUCUGUCGGAGGGUGUUCUGAUGCCGACUUUAACCGAGGUGCCAGUACCUGUAAGAUUUAUGUUUGUGCUGUUGGGUCCACGAAACUUUGAUCUGGAUUACCAUGAGGUGGGUCGCUCCAUCUCCACACUGAUGGCUAAUGAGCAUUUCCAUGGCAUUGCGUAUAGAGCAGACGAUCGCAAGGAUUUGCUAUCGGCCAUCAAUGAGUUUCUGGACGAUUCCAUUGUCCUGCCUCCUGGUAACUGGGACCGUCAUGAUCUAUUGCCAUUUGAAGAGCUAAAGGCGAAGAAGGAUUGGAUUCGUACGCGAAAGAUUAAGGCCCUGCAGGUGAAACGCGACAGUGAGAUGAUCAAAAUAGGCAAGGACGAGGAGAAGGCCUUACUGGAGAAGCAAUCGCUGGGCGCUAUUGGUGAUGGCAUGGGCGGCGGCGGUGGCGGUGGUCCAGAUGGCGAUGGUGACGAUGACGACGACAAUGGUCGCAAGAAGAAGAAGCCAAAUCCAUUGGAGAAGACACACCGCCUCUGGGGAGGACUGCGCAAUGACCUGAAGCGACGUAUGCCCAUGUACAAGAGUGAUAUACUCGAUGGCCUCAACACGGAAACUCUGGCAGCAACGAUUUUUAUGUACUUUGCCUGCCUAUCAACAGCCAUUACCUUUGGUGGUCUGGUGUCGGCCAAAACGGACAGCUGGAUUGGCAUUUCUGAGACCCUAAUCUCGUGCUCGCUCGUGGGCAUUGUAUUCCACUGCUUCUCGUGUCAGCCAUUGGUUAUUAUUGGAACAACUGGACCCCUGCUACUCUUCGAUGAGGCUCUGAUGGUAUUUUGCACAGAGAAUAACUUCGACUUUCUCUCGCUGCGCGUCUACGUGGGUCUGUGGCUUAUAAUCAUCGCUCUCUGCGUGUCCGCCUUCGAGGGUAGCGUGUAUGUGCGACUGCUCACACGUUUCACCCAGGAGAUCUUCUCAGCUCUGAUCACGCUCAUCUAUAUUGUGGAGACAAUGAUGAAAUUGGUAUCCAUUUAUAAGCUAAAUCCACUAUUGGCCGACUACAAUUUGCCACCUCCAACGCUUGUUGACCACGAUCAAAAUGGUACAAGCGUCAAUUCUAGUAUCAUUGAGGCGAAUACAACAUCGUCGCCGCCACCUCUGCCUAAGCUUCCCAUCAAUCAACCAAACACUGCACUUUUCUGCACGAUUCUAACCCUAGCCACAUUUGUGGUGGCCUACUAUCUGAAGCUCUUCCGUAAUUCUCAUUUCCUGGGCCGAAACGCUCGUCGUGCGCUUGGCGACUUUGGUGUCCCGCUUUCGAUUGCCAUGUUUGUGUUACUCGACUAUUUGGUGCCAUCGGUGUACACCGAGAAACUGGUUGUGCCUGAGGGUUUGUCCCCCAGUGAUCCCUCGCGACGAGGCUGGUUCAUUGGCUUCAAUGCCACCCAAUCUUGGGUGCCAUUUGCCUGUGUUGUUCCUGCUCUAUUGGUGUACAUCCUAAUCUUUAUGGAAUCACAGAUAUCUGAAUUGAUUGUGGAUAAACCCGAUCGUGGCUUGAAGAAGGGUUCAGGUCUACAUUGGGAUAUUGUAUUGCUGUGCUUAUUGAACACCUUUUGCGGUCUGUUUGGUAUGCCAUGGCAUUGUGCUGCCACGGUACGCUCUGUGACCCAUGUGUCAUCGGUUACCAUUAUGUCACGGACUCAUGCACCCGGCGAAUCGCCACGAAUUAUUGAUGUCAAGGAGCAGCGUCUAUCUGGCUUCUUUGUGUGCGUAUUGAUUGGACUGUCGGUGCUGAUGGCCAAACUUUUACGUCUAAUACCCAUGGCAGUGCUCUUUGGAGUCUUUCUGUAUAUGGGUGUGGCAUCUAUGAGCGGCGUACAGCUAUUCGAACGAAUUCGGUUGUACUUUAUGCCCGUAAAGCAUUAUCCACCUACACCUUAUGUGAAACGUUUGCGUCCUUGGAAAUUGCAUCUCUUUACCACAAUUCAGGUGCUCUGUCUUGUCUUGCUCUGGACAGUCAAAUCAUCCAAAUUCUCACUUGCGUUCCCGUUCUUCCUGAUCAUGAUGGUGCCGAUACGUCAGCGCUUGAAUUCACUAUAUAGUCCGGAGGAGUUACAAGCGCUUGACGGCAGCGAAGUGAAAAACGAUGAGGAUGAGCCUGAUUUCUAUGAACAAACCACCAUACCAGCUUAAAAUUGGUAUAUCCUUAUGACAUUUUCUUAGUCUCACAUACAAAGUAUUAAAGACCAGCUGUAUACUGAGCUGGUUAUAACCACAACAAAACAUCAAAAGCAAAUUCGACAACAACAAACAGCAAAUGCAUAAAAUUUGUGGAAUAACAAAAAAACAAAACAAAACAAAAAAUACAAAAGGAAAAAGGAAAACCACUUAAUUCUGGUGUAAACGAACUACCUGCAAUUAGUAUUUAGGAUACAAAGAAAGUAGCUUACUGAUAACAAGACACACCUGAAUACCCAAAUUUUUGUUUGGGAAGCCUGCACUUUGUGAUUGUAAAAAAUUGUGGUUGAAAUUAAAGAUAAUUUUUUUUUGUCCAAAAACAAGAAAAGCUUGUGCAAAGAAAAAACCAAAAGAACUAAAAAGAGUGUCAGAGCUGAAAUGGAAAAGCAAAACGUUGUACCUAAAAAUAAAAAAAGCAAACAAAAAAAAAGAAGAAAACAAAAAAAAAAACUGAUUCAGCUCAGCAAAGUGAGAAAUAUUUUUUCGAAUUCUACGCGCAAAAAAACUAAAACUUUGUCUGGGAUGUCGCAGCAAGAAAUUAAUAAUUGAACAAAUUGUAAUGGUUACCAACAGUCUAACUUGUUGCCAACAACUAAAUGUACUUUAGCUAAAAGACCUACCUAUUAUUAUUACUAUAACAACACACACAAAUACAUACAUAUAGUAAUAUACAAAUAUAAGACAUAUAUGUAUGUAUGUAUAUAGUCUAUAAUUGUCUACUAGAUGUGCAAAUGCGUACAAGUAAAAGACUCUAAGUUGUUAAGAGUUAGGACUUUCAUUUUGGCCUUAAAAGUAAAGUGUAGAAUAUACAAAGACACAUGAAAACACACACUCCCACAUAAAGAGAGAUGAAAUAUAUUUAUUAGUUGGAUUUCACACAAUGUAUUAUUAGCAAUAAUUGCAAAAACGAGAAUCGGUUUAGUCUCAUCGACAAGAAAAGAGCAAUUGCAAUGGUAAUAAAAGGAGCAGAAGUAGAAAAAUUAACACACACACACACACACACACACUAACAUAUACCUAAACCUAUUUAGCUUCAACUGGCGUAGUGAUAAUUAGUGUCAAACACACACAAAAAAAAAAAUAAAAAAAAAAAACGAAAUAUAUAUAUACAUAUGUAUAUCCUCUAAACUAAUUCUAACAGAAGAAUGAAGGAGAUGAAACCAAACAAAACUACAAAACAUUUGUUUAUAACAAAUAUGUUGACGUACUUCGUUAAGCGCACACUUUAAAAGUGAAAGCUCCGUUGUGACGUAGCCGCUGUAAGUGUUGCCUUCUUUGUAUUGUAGAAAUCAAACACAUACACAUUGUACUUAUACUAUCUACAUACAUACAUACACACACACACACAAAUAUCUAUACUUAUAUAUACAUAUGUAAAAAACAGAGUGUGUCUCAGUGAAAUGCGUUUAGUGCGCACCGAAGUUGAGAGAAUUACCUAAACUAUUAUAAAUUCUAAUUAUUAUAUUAUUAUUAUUAUUAUUAUUUUUUUUUUUUGUAACCUGUAUGUACUUGAAUGUACUUGUACUUAUUCUUAAGUAGUUGUUGUCUAGUAUGUUUUAUUCAAAUUCAAAUAAAUUACAAAUUAUUAAAUUUCAGAA